CCUGCUGGCAAGAAGAUGUAACACAGAGACGUUACAAAACACUGGACUUUCACUUUACAUAAAGCGCUUCUCGCGUGUAGUGUGUGUGCAUGAAAAAUAACAAUUCAAGGAAGAUAAAGGAGCGCUACCGUAUUACUCUGGUUGAGGAAUAGGAUAAUAGUCCGUCCAUCGCUGCACUGCACAGAAAUGGCACGGGCAAAGAAGGGUCCUUCAGAAGCAUCUGAAUCGAAGCAGAAGUCGAGGAGGCAGAAUGGAGAAACAUCUGGGGCUGCAGGACAAACCAUCUCCAUGAAGCUUCGGCAGAAGAUGGACGGGAAGAACACAUUGAAAACAGGGCCUGUUUUCCCAACCACCAUGAUCAAAUCUUCAGUUGGGAAGAGAAGUGGACCAGGAAGCAUCCUGCACUACAUUUACCAGAGUACACUGGGGCAGAGCCUUCAUUCUCAGAUGAGACAGUGUCUCCAGGAGCCGUUUGUACGUUCCCUGUCCUCCUAUAAGCUUCACCGUACAGCCAGUCCGUUUGACCGGCGGGUCACCUGUCUGGAGUGGCACCCCUCGCACCCCUCCACGCUGGCGGUCGGCUCCAAGGGUGGAGACGUGGUCCUCUGGGACUACAACGUGCUCAACAAGACCAGCUUCAUACAAGGGAAAGGAGCCGGGGAUUUUAUUGGUGGGAUGACGUUUAGCCUGACGGACCCGUCCAAGGUCUACCUGGCGUCUGGCGACGGUACGCUGACCGAGCAGAGCUUCCAGGGCGGUCCAGGAACGGUUCUGUCCAGAGUCCAGGACUGUGGACACGAUCACCACAAUGUCUGUCUGUGGUACUGCUGUGUAGAUGUGUCGUUGAGCAGACAGAUGUUGGUGACAGGAGACAACAUCGGACGAGUCUUAUUGCUGGGCAUGGAUGGACACCAGGUCUUCAACGGGAAGCUGCACAAAGCCAAAGUGACCCAUGCUGAAUUCAACCCUCGCUGCGAUUGGUUAAUGGCGACAGCGUCCGUUGACCACACGGUGAAGCUAUGGGACCUGAGGAACAUCAAGGACAAGAACACUUACCUCCACGAGAUGGUUCAUGACAAAGCUGUUAACUCAGCCUACUUUAAUCCAGUGGACUGCUCCAAGCUCCUGACCACGGACCAGUAUGACCAGAUCAGGGUGUACUCCUCUUCUGAUUGGUCAACUCCUCAGCAGAUUAUCCAGCACCCACACAGACAGUUUCAGCACCUCACACCAAUCAAGGCCACGUGGCACCCUCUGUACGACCUGAUGGUGGUUGGACGGUACCCUGACGAGAGGGUGUGUCCAGGUGCCCUGAGGACCAUCGAUAUCUAUGAUGCCAACACAGGAGAGCUGGCAUGCCAACUACUGGACCCCAACGCCCCUGGCAUCAUAUCUGUCAACAAGUUCAAUCCAAUGGGAGAUGUUUUAGGAUCUGGGAUGGGAGUGAACAUCCUAGUGUGGAACAGAGGGGAGACAUUGGCUGGUAAGCAGCAGAGAGGAGAGCUACAACAGGAAGCAGGAGUCCAGGUUGGCAGAGGUCGAGGCCAGCGGAGGAGAAGAGGGGAGACUCGGAGGGGGGGAGGGACGGGGGGACGGGGGCGAGAGGAUGAGGACGACAUUGGGAAGCUGAAGAAGAAGCUGUCUUCGUCCUCGGGGACCAGAACCAGAACAUCCAGGGACACAGAAGGGUCCAAAUAAAUAAUCAGGGAGAAAGAGAGGUUGUUUGUGAUGUUGGAAGUUUCCUUUGUGCGUUUCCUUUAUUUUGGUAGUUACCCGUAUACGACAAUGUCAUAGACAAGUAACUACCAAAAUAAAGGAAACACCAACAUACAGUGUUUUAAUAGAGUGUUGGACCACCACCAAGCAACCAGAACAGAUUCAAUGCUCCUUGGUAUAGAUUCUACAAGUGUCUGGAACUCUAUUGGAGGGACUCUAUUCUUCCACCAGAAAUUACAUAAUUUGGUGUUUUGUUGAUGGUGGUGGAAAAACACUGUCUCGGGCGCCGCUCCAGAAUCUCCCAAGAGUGUUCAAUUGGGUUGACUGAUACAUAUCCUCUAUGUUCCUUUGAGAACCCUCCUUCAGUUACUGAGAUCUGGUGACUGAGACACAUCCUCUAUAUUCCUUUGAGAACCCUCCUUCAGUCACUGAGAUCUGGUGACUGAGACACAUCCUCUAUGUUCCUUUGAGAACCCUCCUUCAGUCACUGAGAUCUGGUGACUGAGACACAUCCUCUAUGUUCCUCUGAGAGCCCUCCUUCAGUCUCUGAGAUCUGGUGACUGAGACACAUCCUCUAUGUUCCUCUGAGAGCCCUCCUUCAGUCUCUGAGAUCUGGUGACUGAGACACAUCCUCUAUGUUCCUUUGAGAACCCUCCUUCAGUUACUGAGAUCUGGUGACUGAGACACAUCCUCUAUAUUCCUUUGAGAACCCUCCUUCAGUCACUGAGAUCUGGUGACUGAGACACAUCCUCUAUGUUCCUCUGAGAACCCUCCUUCAGUCACUGAGAUCUGGUGACUGAGACACAUCCUCUAUGUUCCUCUGAGAACCCUCCUUCAGUCACUGAGAUCUGGUGACUGAGACACAUCCUCUAUGUUCCUCUGAGAACCCUCCUUCAGUCACUGAGAUCUGGUGACUGAGACACAUCCUCUAUAUUCCUUUGAGAACCCUCUUUCAGUCACUGAGAUCUGGUGACUGAGACACAUCCUCUAUGUUCCUCUGAGAACCCUCCUUCAGUCACUGAGAUCUGGUGACUGAGACACAUCCUCUAUAUUCCUUUGAGAACCCUCCUUCAGUCUCUGAGAUCUGGUGACUGAGACACAUCCUCUAUAUUCCUUUGAGAACCCUCUUUCAGUCACUUCAGUCCUUUUAUUUAGUCAGGUUCCUGUCUGCAUUUGUAAUCUGUUACCUUUGUCUUGUUCAAAUCAUGUGUUUUAUUGAAAAUGUUCCCUUUGUUAUAAACAGGGACAAUCGUGACUUUGACUCCACACAACAUCCACAGAUGUUUCAAAUAUGUCUGACAACACUGAAAACACAUAUCUUGUGUUUCAGAUGUUUUAUAUACCUCUGUUUCUGGUGAUAAAUUGUUACAUUUUAUAAACAGUUCAUACUUUAUUAAAAUAUUUAAUUUUGAGCUUGAA